AUGGUGAGGUCACCAAUUCAAUGUGGUUGUGCAUUCUAUCAACCAGUAAUACGUGCUCGUAUUGUUGGCGGUAUCGAAAGUAUACCACAUUCAUGGCCAUGGAUUGUUAGUAUUCGUUUAGCGUCAACGAAUUCACCUUUUUGCGGUGGUUCACUUAUUACUGAUCGAUAUGUUCUUACUGCAGCUCAUUGUUUCUAUGAUGAUCUGAAAAAGCUUGGUGGUAAGAUGACUACAACAAUAAGAUCGAAAUAUCUUUUUGUAAUUGGUGCUCAUUAUUCAACAGAAAAAAAUACAUAUUUAAAUAGUCAUUUACGUUUAACAGCAAAUACAAUUAUAAUGCAUCCACAAUAUAAUACAAAUACAAAAAUAAAUGAUAUUGCUCUUGUUGAGCUAAGUCAAUCGAUUGAUUUAAUGGAUAAAUCAGUUGGUUUUAUAUGUUUACCAAUGGCAACAUUACGUUAUCCAAAAGCAUUUCCUCCUGAUCGAACAGAUGCUGUUGCAAUUGGAUGGGGACGUGUACGUGAAGAUUCAUUCGGUCGUGCUAGUAAUGUACUUUUACAAGUAGAAUUACCUGUUCAAUCACCUUAUAUUCGACCGUCAGAUUGUGCUGAUCAAAUCUAUGAUCCAGAAAAACAAUUUUGUGCUGGUUUCACACAAGGUGGAAGAGAUACUUGUCAAGGCGAUAGUGGUGGACCAUUGAUGUUAACUUAUAAUCAAACAUGGCAAAUCAUUGGAAUAACAAGCUAUGGUGAAGGAUGUGCAAGAGCUCAUAAACCAGGUGUAUAUACUCGUGUUAGUGUCUAUCGUGAUUGGAUUAAUUAUACAAUUAGUAAAAAUACAUUAGAUUAUGAUAUAGAACUAUUGAAUAUGCCAAAUAAUCUUGACAUGAAUAAUGAUUUAGAAAUAUGGUGGGAUACAGAUGUUGAUAAUCAUGCUAAAUAUUAUUUCGCACCAAUGACUAACCUAAUAUCUUUCUGUUUAUUUCUUUUAUUUUUCACGAAAUAUAAAUAA